CAACUGUCGCAAAUGGCCAAGUAACUGUCGUCGGGGUAAUCUCUCCAAUCUUCCCAGCUUUAUGAAGACGGACCAAAGUCGCCCAGAACCGGCUCAGAUGCGGUUAUGAGACGAUGCACAGCACUGUGGGAUAGCACUGCUAUCAUCAGCCAGCUACGCCAUUCUCGGGCGCAAUGGCGGCCCUACACAUCAGAUGGCCCCAAAGACAGGCGUGACGCCUCGACGCCCUCGGCGAAAGCGGCGGCGCAUCAGCCAGAUGACGUCGAAUGGUUCAAAAUCGACUCGGAAGCAAAGACGUUAGAGACCGCCGUCGGUAAUCUCCCACUGUCGCCUAUCAUGGACCCGUCGUACUGGGAGGCGAAGGAGCAACACAAGACGAAGAAGCCGAAGCCGGGGAAACCCCAGAACUCGGUCGAGAGACAAUUCCAUGCCAAUCCCUUUGCUCAGGCGCUUGCGACACCGCUGCGCAACGAUCCGUUGACUCGACAUCGGCUUCCGCGAUUCUUCCUACAGGACUUCGACCUGGUCGCACACCCCGAUACGGGCAACCCGUGGUGGGUUCCGCGAAGUCUGACGUCGAGGACGCCGCCUGUAUCUAAAGAAGCUGAGCCAAAUACGGCGGAUGAGGACAAAAUACUGGGAGGCGAUGAGAUUGCGGAGACGGAGGCCAAAAUACUUGCUGAAGACGAGGGUUCCGAGACAGACGCCAAAUCUAACCAGCCGGACCACGAGCGCGUCGAUAACCCGAAGAAGGAAGUGGCGUUUGGACCAUCAGCCUAUGUGCCAGCGAGGAAAGAUCUCUUGGAUUCUUUCGCGGUCCCGGGUUCAGGCUACACCCAGGCGUACCGCCGCCUGAUGGCAGCAACGACCUCGGCGUACAGACCCCUGAGCGGAAAAGCUGUAUGGCGCGAGGACAUGGGCGCCUAUGUUUUAGACUUGAUGCGUCAGCAGAUCGUCGACGACUUGCUUUAUCUCUCCAAGCUCUGCGCCGAGCAGGGACGGUAUUACAUCGUCAAGUGUUAUGGAUGGGACGAUGUGCAGUACAAGCACAAAGGUGCCCUGCUGUGGUUUGACGAGCCGUCUCAGGGUAUGAUUGAGGUAAAGAACCAGCCAGGUCCGUUUGCUACGUUCGAUUUUAAGGCCAACGGAGUAAAGACGAGCGUUGCGGUUCACAAUAUGACCAUGCUUCUGGGCAAUGAAAAUGCCAAUCGCGUCAAGAAUAAGGCAAUUGUGUUCAAGGAUGGGGCGAUAUUCAUGGCGGCCGGACGGCGGACGACAGAUCUACAGAUCAGGCUGUGGAAGCUGCAGGGCUACUUGGCGGAUUAUAAAGAUCUCGAGUAGAACGAAGCGAGGAAUGAAUACGCGAUAAAGUUAUCACGGUCUUCUACAGAGAAUAGGUCGAGGCGAGCUACCUACAGGGCUCAACAAGCGCACAUACCCGCCCCAGACUGAUCCUGUCCUUAUAGGCAGUCAACGACAAAUGCACACUCAAAUUUACUGUAAACACCGACUGGGAUGGCACAACAUGAAAGGUCCUCGUCAGGCACCUGGAAUGAACUGCAAAAGAUCACGUGGAAGAAGUGGAAGAGGU